AAAAUAACUAGAUUUUAGCACCAAUCAAAAUAAGCAUUGAGAUAAAGUUGGUUCAUAUUAAAAUUUAUCAUGCUUAACUUCAAACAAUACACUACUAAAGUUGAUCUUAGUAAGAUUGUGAAUGGAGCAUGUUUCACGUAUAUCACUCCAAAACUUUAAUUAAGACUAUAUUCUUGACUCGAUAUGGGUUAUAUGAGUUAUCCUAAAAUAACUCCAAAACUUAGGUUAAUCAUUGGAAUACUUCAGACACGAUAGCUUAAAUUAUGUCCACGUUAUAUCCCUUACUUAAACAUUAAGAUGUGUGACAAAUACAUCAUCAAACUAGGUUUAUUCCUUCUUAAAAAAUUGAUAUCGGGUGACUAUGAAGUCUAUUUUUUUUCUUUUUAAGAUUUUUGCGAUAAACAGAAAGUAUAAAGAGUUGGCAUGUAAAGGGAAUUGACAAGUAGACAUCAAAUCCGACACAUGUAGGACACUUGUACAAUUUUCCCAUAUCAAACAAAUCUCAUUCUACACUAUAAAUUGACCUCUUGGUUUGAUCACCGUUUAAAGAAGAAGCCAUUACCAAAUCGUUGAAUUCAAAAACAAUGUCAUUGAUCCCAAGUUUUUUCAGCGGCCGACGAAGCAACGUGUUCGAUCCAUUCUCUCUAGAAAUAUGGGAUCCAAUAGAAGGGAUGCAAUUCCCUCAAACCUCCGGCGAAACAGCGGCAAUUGCAAACACUCGAAUCGACUGGAGAGAGACGCCGGAGGCUCACAUAUUCAAGGCAGAUCUGCCAGGGCUGAAGAAGGAGGAAGUGAAAGUGGAGGUUGAGGAAGGGAGAGUGCUGCAGAUAAGUGGGGAAAGGAGCAAAGAAGAGGAUGAGAGGAAUGAGAAAUGGCACAGAGUGGAGCGGAGCAUGGGGAAGUUCAUGCGGCGGUUCCGGCUACCGGAGAAUGCAAAAAUGGAUGAGAUUAAAGCGAAUAUGGAGAACGGAGUGUUGACUGUGAUGGUGCCUAAACAGGAGGCGAGGAGGCCACAAGUUAAGGCCAUCGAUAUUGCAGGAUAGAGUUGGUGUGUGUUUGGUGCAUGGUUUUGGUAAAGGUUAAAUAAUGAAGUGCAUGUAAUGUAAGUGUGAAGUGAAUGCUUUUGGUUUUUAAUGCUUCAAGAAACUAUGUAAAACAGAUGUUUCGUUUUUUUAAUGCUUCAAGAAAUUAUGAAAAACAGAUGUUGUAAGAGAUACAGUGAAGAUUAUUAUGUAAGUAUGUUAUUGUCUUUUUUUUUUCUU